AUUUGUACAAUUUUUUGUAUUUGUGCUGGUAACAUUGAGUUUUUGUUAAGUUUUUAUUGUUUUCAUAAGUUAUUUAAAAAAAGAGUUAUUAGAAAAUUUAAUGGUGUUGUUGGUAGUUAAAGAAAUAACUAAUCUUUCCUUUUUAUGAAUAAAUAAGGUACCGAAAUUGUAAAAUACUGAUAAAAUAUGUGAAAUGGUAGUAUAGAUAAGACACUAAAUUUAUAAAAUCAUAAUUAAGGUCAGGAUUCUUAAGGUACACAUUCUAGUUAAAUAUGAGUAAGAUAAAAUGGAAGUUGAAAAAUAUAAAAACUGGAGGUGUGAUUGAUCUUAAAGAUUCUUUAUCUCAAGCUGGUAGACUGCCUAGUAUGCAGAUUCGAUGUAACAGUAAUUUAGUUUCUCGAAAUCAUGCAAAUUUCUUUAUUCUGGAAGAUGGAAGUCUUCGAGUUAUGGACCAAAAUACAACAAAUGGUACUUACAUCAAUGGGAGAAGAAUUAAUGGAAAAGAAAUCAUUAAACUAAAAACUGGAGAUAAAGUUGCCCUAGGAUUUGAUCCUACUACUGAAUAUGAAAAAGUUGCAAAUACAACUUUUUAUAUAUUUGAAGUAUUAACAGGAGACCAUCCAGUUCCAGAAAUAAUAAUCGAUAGUGAAACUGACAGUGGUACAUCUGAGAAAACUGGAAGUGAAUCUGUAAAAUAUGAAGAAGAUAGUAUUAAUAGAAAAAUAUUGGGUAAUAUCAUAUCUAACAAAGAUGUCAAUAAUGUGGUAGAGGUGGAAAAUAUGAAAGACAAUAAAGUAAAAGUGAAAGACAUUGAGAACAGUUUAAAAUCUCCAGAACCAUCUACAUCAAAAUAUUCACUUACAAAUGAAAGUGUGAUUUUUAGCAGACAAACUGCAACAAAAGAGGCUCCCCAAGGAAAUAAGAGGCAUCUUGAAACAGAAAAUUGUAUUAAAGAGACGAUAAAGGUUUCUAAUAAAUUGUCAGAUAAAAUUAUUGGAAAUAAUUUUACUGAGGAUGCAAAUCUUAAUAAUGAAACCAGUAAUAAGAGUACUUCAGUAGAAUACAAAAACAACACUUCAGAAGAAGAACACUUGAACAAUAUUAUUGAAGACAAUAGAUUAAGGAAAGAAACUAAAUUAGAUUUUAAAAAUUCACAGCUAAACAUUGCUAACCAAGAUGAAAAAUUAAACUGUUCCCACUGCAUUCCAGAUACAAAGAAUAAAAGGAUAGAAAUAAAACAUAACGAAAAUAUUUGUUUAUCUUUAAGAAAAGGACAUUUACAAGAUAGAGAGCUGCUUAAUAAGGAAAAUGAGAAAUGGGGAGAAGCAGAUUCAGAAAGUUUAAAGUUUGAAGAUAAUUGUAAAUCUGACAAGGAAAAUAAGGAAAAAUCAUCAACAGCCAAUUCAUUAAAAAAUACACACAAAAACAAACUGUCAAAGUUUAAAAGCUUGAAAGUGAAUGUUGAAAGACUUACUAAUAAGAAAUUUGAAAUAGAUAAAAAUUCCUUAACAAACAAAGAGACUCAUAAUAGCAUUACAACUGAGGAUAAUAUUUUUCAAGUACCUAUUUCUGUUGUUUCAAAAUAUUCCCAUCUCUCAACACAAAAAAAUAAGGACAGCAUAGAUGACAAUGCAGUCAAGCAUGUAAAAAGUAGAGAAAGCUUCUUUAACACCCAAGAAUUGUUUUCAGUUCUUACAGAUUCUAAAGUAAUUAAGGAAUCUCCAAAGUUUAAAAACUUGAAUGCCAAUGUUGAGGGACUUACUAAUAAUAAAGAUGAGAUAGUUCAGAAAUUUUUAACAAAUAAUGAGACUCAUAAUGUCAACCCUGCUGAAAAUAACAUUUUUCAGAAACCUACAGUCGAUUCUUCAAAUUGUUCCCAUCUCUCAAAACGAAAAAAUGAAGAUAAUGUGAAAGCAAGCAUGAAAAAAAUAAAGAAGGACUUGACUGAACAUAAUACAAAAAGUAUUUCAAGUUGUAAAGAGAAUGUUUCUAAAGAAAUUAAAAGAUCGUCAAAUUUAAUUGAUAACAAUGAUUCUGCCUUAAAGGGUCCCAUAACAAGAAGUAAAAGCUUUAAUGAAAACAAAAAUGAAACAGAAAAAGGAUUAGUAAAAAUAGAAUCGGUGAAAGCAAUAUCAACUGGUUUCACCAAUGAAGACAUCAUUUUUGUGGAAGAUGAUGAUGAUGAUGACGACGGUAGUAAUUUUCCUUGUUCACAAUUGUUCCAGUCUAGCCAAGAAGAAGAAGUUGACAAUGGCGUCGUAGAAGAAAGUAAUAUUAAUGAUGAAAGUCUUUUUCUCAAUAUAAAAAAGGAACUGGAAGAACUUGAUAAGACUGACUUUGUUCCUUGUAUAAUGUUGGAUAGUGAUAUCGAGUCUGACUGGUACAGCGAUGGUGAAAAAAACGCAACUGCCCAAAAAGUAGAAUCUCGACGAAUGUCUGAUAGAGUUGUCCCUGGAACGUACCAUAAUUUUGAGAAUAACAACGUCGAUAUUCUCUAUUAUGAAGAAGCAGCUUCUUUAAAUAACAAAUCUGGUAAUGAAGGCACAUUGGGGAAUGAAGAUGAACAUGAACAGAAUCUGAUUAUUGAAGAACAACAUGCAACUUUACCACCAUCAGAAGAAACUAUGAAGAAAAUUGUACAAGUUUCAGAACUUGAGUCGUCAACGGUUCCUGUUUCCUCAUUUUAUCCAAGUAGAUCAGCUAAGAAAUACAUCGUUCCACCUAUUGUGGAACCUCAUAGGGUAACACGUGCUAGAAAUUGUAACAAAAGGGAAUGCAGUAGGUCCCGAUAUGAAGUGGGCAAACAAGAAAAAAAGAGGCGUGUUGAAAAAACACCGCCAAAAUAUAAUACAACAAGAAAAGAUAAAUUAGCUAAAACGACUUAUUCAAAUAUUCAGAAAAAGGAAACUAAACGCGAUGAAAUUAGAAAAAAAGUAAAGGAAAUUGCCGCAAAGAAAACUGACCAAAAGCAAAAAGAAGUAACAGCGAAAAAGGGCGCUGUGAAAGUGAAAGUUUCCGAGGGCAGGGGACAGUUUCUACUUGAAAACAAUAGCAACUUAGUUAAAAACAUUCGGAAAGUUAACAUAAAUAAUGACCUUACAAAACCCUCUAUCAGAUCAUUACAUUCAUUAAAAGGUGGAGCUACGUCAUCUAAAAAAAAUUCUAGCCUUCCAAAUAAAAUAAACAGUAACACUACGUCAUCCAAGUCACUAAGUCUCAGAGAGGUACCAACGACAAAUCGUUUGAACGUAACGAACAAGGCACCAUUAAAUAUCCCAAACACCCUCUCAUCAGUAGAAAUGAAUGUUAAAACGGAUGUUUCUGAUAUAAUUAACCAAAUAAUUCGUUGGUCCGCCAGUUGGUUAAGUCAACAGAAAAAUAAAUCUUAUUCUCCCCAAGUUAACAAACGUCCACCAGUCGAAAUGAGUGCAAAAUUUUCAUCAUAUAGUGAUUAUUACAAUAUUGUCGUACCGUUACUUUUGUUAGAAUUAUGGAAUUCUUUAUAUAAAGACUGGAGUAAUCCUGGCAACGAUUUAAGGAAAACUACUUUCUGUAGCAGAAUUGAAGACGAGGAAGUCGUUAAAGGUUACACCUUUAUGAAAAGUUUUACUUACAUUGAUAAAGAACGACAUGUCAAGGGCGUUAAUAUAAAGGAGGAAGAUUUGGUAGUUUUUGAGGUGAAAAGCAGAUAUGAUAAUAGGAAGAUUUUAAGAACUGGGUUUGGCUUUGUUACAUUUGUUUGUAAAAGACCUGUUCAAGAGAAAGAUGUCAUUGAUUUUGAAGUGGCAUCUGUAUUAGGAUUGGCUCCGGAUUACUGUGUCAAUUUUACAUUUAAAACAAAAUCCUAUGUGAAUUCAUCUGAUAAAGGGAACAUAAUGUUUGUCAGGUUGGUUUCAUCGAUGGGCCCCUAUCUUCGGUUGUUUAAGUCCGUAAAAUAUUUACAGUUUUCACCUUUAAAGGAGAUGAUACUUAAUCCUAAAAUAGAAAAUUUUAAAGUGAACGAGUUUGAACCGAGAAAACUGUACACCGACGUAAAACUUAAUAAAAGUCAACUUAAAGCAGUGGUUGAAGCUACUGAGUUGUGCUUAGGCAAAAAACCAGGUCUUUAUCUUAUUCAAGGACCCCCAGGAACUGGUAAAACGACCGUAAUCACGAGUAUAAUACAAGAAAUAGUAUUUUCCGCAGAUGGACCUCCCCGUUGUGCACUUUUAGUGGCCCCAUCCAACGGAGCUGUCGAUGAACUUGUAAAAAGACUAAUGGUCAUACGCCAAAGACUUAAUGACACAAAUCGAAAAAAAUUUAAAGUAAUCAGAGUGGGACCUCCAAACUCAAUACACCCAAAAGUGUAUCCGUUUAGUUUAGAGUAUAUAACGAAAUUAAAUUUCUUAAGAGAAGUGCAUCGCAUAUUUCCCGAAUUUCGAGACCAAUUUCUAAGUUUACAGCAAAAAAUUGUCGAGUUGGAGAGAGAGUGUAAGAUAACCAGCAGUAGUUUCGAACGAUUGGAAUGUGCUAAAAAAGAGUACGAAAAGAUUUGUGUGAACAAUUUGGGACGGAAAUAUUUUUCCGAAUUGGAUAAAAUUAGGUGGAGUUGUCUUUACAAUGCAAAUGUUAUUUGCACGACAUUAUCGAGUUGCUUUAGUUUGCAAAUGGAGGCUGUAUUUAGAAACUCUGGAAAAAUAACUUGUUGCAUCGUGGAUGAGGCAACUCAAAGUAAUGAACAAGAAACACUCAUUCCUUUAAUGCUUGGUUUAGAAAAAAUAGUCCUUGUGGGGGAUCCUCGCCAAUUAUGUCCAACAACAUUAUCUCAGGAAGCAAAACUGUUAAAAUAUGGGAUGUCGUUGUUUUCUCGUAUAAGCAACCAAUUCGAAGAUAAGCCAGAUAAUCCAAUUGUAAUGCUGGACACUCAGUACCGUAUGCAUCCGGAAAUAUCGCAGUUACCUAGCAAGAUGUAUUACAACAAUCGUUUAAAAAAUGGUUCGAGAUGUCUCGACAGUAAAUUCAAACGCCUUAAACCGUAUGUAGUGUUUAAUUUAGCGAUGUAUUGUCCAGUCGAGCAGUACCGUAACGAGAACGAAGUCACUUUUGUAAUAAAACUACUCAGUACUAUCAUUGAAUUGACUUCAGCCACUGAUUCUGUCGACAUUGGUAUUAUUACACCUUAUAAUAAUCAGAAAGUCAAACUAAACGAAGCACUUAAAGGAUACAAUUUCAGGUCAAAUGUAAAAGUUACUGCAAACACCGUAGACAGUUUUCAGGGGCAAGAAAAAGAUAUAAUUAUUGUGUCGUAUGUAAGAAUGGACGGCAACAGUUUUGUAAGCGACGAACAUAGAUUGAACGUGGCAUUGACAAGAGCGAAGCACGCUCUUUUUAUUGUAGGCAACAAGUAUUUAUUUGAUACUUGUUCUGUAUUAAAAAAAAUUCGUGACAACGCGCAGAAAAGAAAGUUGCUAUGUAUUGUUGAUGAUACCAGUUCUUUAGAUUUAAAACGAAUUAUAUCCCAGUAAUAUGAUUUCUUUUUAUAAAUUUUGCAUUUACUUACACAGGUUUAUAUAUUUCAUUUCUUUAUCUUUGAGA